AUGUAUGGCUUAUCUGAGGCUACAAUCAAAGCAGACUACACAAGGGCAAUUGGCUGUCAUGAGUCGUCAAUUGCUUUGUUGCAAGAUAUUAUCGAUAAAAUAAAUGAGGAAUCGUUGAUCAACCAUUUCAACACCAUCAAUUCGCUUAAAACAUUGAAAUUGCAGAUCGAAAAACGAAUAGAUCAGCUCAGAUUGGUACAGAAAUCAAAAGAAUCAAAGCAAUUGCGCGACCAAACCCCAAUCAUCAAGGAAAGUUCAGCCAUUUCUGUUACCGAUACCACUUUAACAGACCAAAUCAGACUACUGAUGGCAAAAGACCUCAAUUACGAUAUGGAAACAAAUAAAGUCAAAUUCAUAGACCAGGAAAAGAUCAACCAGCUCGAGCAUGAACUCCAAUUGCUCAACUUCAAAGAGAAAUCCUCAAAGCAACAAACUCUCGAAGAAGCAAAACUUAAAACAGAUACACUCACGGACCUGAACCUGGUUUAUUACAGUGAACUGAUGGCAAGUCAUGAAUUCAUCAAAGACCUACUUAAACUGCUCGGAACAGGACCCCAACAGAAUGAUAUCGACCAGUACCAGGAACUGAAAACAACCAUAGAUGAUCUACAACAAAAAUUGGCUACUCAGGAAAGAGACCGCAUUCUCUUGGAAAACCAAAUCAUUAAACUCAAGGAACGCUGGAAUAACCUGGUCGAAAGCGCGCUAUUUAGAAACAACCCGCAAGUUGUGCUCUAUCACACGUUUUUGCAGGUCUUUGUAAUGAAGCUUGCCCUUUUCGGUGGACUGGUCAAACAGCUCAUUUUCAAACAAGUGUUCACUGAAUUGACCUUCAAAUUGCUUCCAGUCAAUCAGCUCCUCGGUGGUGAACAGCUGAACAAUUUCUUUCUCGGCAGGCAACUUGUCAACAUUCUUGUCAAUCUUCACUCUAGAGAUCAAGUCGUUUUGCAAAUUGGAGUAUGGCGAGAGAACGCUGUUGUACACAAUCUGCUUCAAUGCCUUCAAAGACUCUACCUUGUCUCCCUUAAUCUUAGGUAUGUCAUAAAUUGCCAAGUGGUAUUUGACCAAGUCAAUAUAGUUGUCUUCACUCAAAGCAAUAUCGAUCAUAAGUCUGUAAUACUCCAGUUUUUGGUCGGCGAAUUUCUCUAG